UGAUGGAGACGUUAAGGGGAGUUAAGGGUUAAUGUAAGGGAUUAUUGUUUGGUGGAAACGAUCAGUCAGCUCCUCCCUCUGUGUUUAACUUCUGCUUUGACUCGUCUCGUCUCUGAACAUCACUCUGUGGUUUAACGGACAGAAAGUCACAAAAGCUCCAAACUGAGCGACGCUGCAGAGAGGAAGAGACGCCGACUGUGAGUCCACACCUGUCACUGAAUGACCUCAUCAAUAUAGACAAAGAAUCAGAUCAUAUGACCACCAUGGAUGACAUCAUGACAGCGUUCACCACCGAGGACCCGUCCUCCAUCAGCCCCUCACCCACCCCUGAGGAUGACUACGAAUACCCGGACCUGCUGUGUGACCGGGCGUCGGUGCGGGAGUUCAGGAGACUCUAUGAGCCGCCGCUCUUCUGGAUGAUCACUCUGGUGGGCGGAGCCGGGAACCUGGCCGUGGUGUGGAUCUACCUGAACUUCCGGCGGCGACUGAAGACCAUGACGGACGUGUACCUGCUGAACCUGGCGGUGGCCGACCUGCUGUUCCUCAUCACACUGCCACUGUGGGCGGAGGAGGCGUUGCAUGGCUGGAGCUUCGGCUCUGCCCUCUGCAAGGUGAACGCCGCCCUCUACAAGGUAAACCUGUUCAGCAGCAUGCUGCUGCUCACCUGCAUCAGCGUCGACCGCUACGUGGUCAUCGUGCAGUCCACCAAGGCGCAGAACUCACAGGUGGAGCGCCGCCGCUGCAGCCGGCUGAUGUGCGUGGGAGUGUGGCUGCUGGCCCUGCUGCUCGCCAUACCCGAGCUCGUGUUCGCCACCACCACUGAGGGGAGCUCACAGGAGUACUGCAGGAUGGUGUUCCCACCUAGCUUGGGUAACAGCACCAAGAUCCUGGUGCUGUCGCUGCAGGUGAGCAUGGGCUUCUGCCUGCCUUUCAUCGUCAUGGCCUUCUGCUACAGGGUCAUCGUUGCCAAGCUGCUCAAGACCCGAAACUUCCAGAAGCACAAGGCCAUGCGCGUCGUCCUGGCCGUGGUGGUGGCGUUCGUCGUGUCCCAGCUGCCCUACAACUGUGUGCUGGUGAUGGAGGCGGCGCAGGCCUCCAACAUGACCAUGACGGACUGCGAGGAGGUGAAGCGCUUCGACAAGGCGGGGCAGGUGCUGAAGAGUCUGGCCUACAUGCACGCCUGCCUCAACCCCUUCCUCUAUGUGUUCGUCGGCGUGCGUUUCCGCCGCGACCUGCUGCAGCUGCUGCGCAUCUGCCGCUGCCAGCCGCCGGCCAGUAAGAGUAAGCUGAGCUCCACCACCAGAGCCUCGGUGAUGUCAGACAGUGACACCUUGCAGGCGCUGUCGCUGUAGAGACGCCGACUACUGCCGCCGCUUCUGUGGUUUAACUGUGAUGUCGACAGACGACAUCAUCACUCCGUCAUCACCCUAAAACUCUUCUUCAUGUGUUCAUUAAGGGCUUUUCACAUUACGGUGUUUUAAGGGGUUUAGUUUUCCAAAUUAAAGGUCAAGUGAAGGACACACUAUCUAGUGUUUGUGUUUUCAGGGAAAUUAAAGGGAUUUUUGUGUCAGUGAAGCAGUUUCUCUUCAGCUAUCGACAAUUCGACAAAUUCAGAUAACAAAAAGGCUGAACUGAAAUCAAAAACAUUUAAGGCCUUGAAUGUAUCACCCCGACAUUAAGACUUUCCAGAACUUUCUCAGGUGUUUUCCAGGACCAGGUGUUUGCCUGUAUACUGAACGUGAAGCUCAUUUAAAGACGAACUGCGUGAUUUCCAGCUGCUUGGUCAUGUGAUUGUUUUCCUGAGAUGUUCACUGUGUUGCAUCAUCCUGUUGGAACAGGAAACGCAUCACAUGGAGGAAGUGACAUUAAUGUGAAUGUGCUGUUGUUGUAGUCAGACUCCACUGAACAGCACUGCUAACAGAUGCUAACAGCACUGCUAACAGAUGCUAACAGAUGCUAACAGAGGCAGCAGGAUGCUAACAUGACUUCUCUGUGGACAUUUCUCUCUGCAGAUGUUCUGUGACGGUGUACAUAGUUUUCUGGAUGUUUUUUGGUCGUGUACAUAAACAUGAAGCGUCUGUGUGUCCCAGACUGAAGUGAAUGUAAGUGUUUUUAUGUGUUAAAUGACAAACAUUAAAGCGUGAUUAAAACGUG